AUGGGUUUAGAGAUUUUGUCUGCUAAUGACCGAUCGCUUGUUGCUGGAUUGUCUGAUGAGUUACUUGUUGAUGGUUCAUGCAGUGAUGAUUCUUUUAAUGGUUUGGUAAAAGAUGGUGACACACAUGAGAAAGGGUAUAUAGAUGCAAACUGGACGCGUUCUAUCAGUGGUCGGCAGUCUACAUCUAGAAACUUUACUUUUGUUGAUGGUAAUUUGGUUAAUUUGAAAAGCAAGAAACAUAAAGUGGUUGCUAGGUCAAGUGCAGAAGCUGAGUUUCGUGGUAUGUCUCAUGGUGUAUGUGAGUUAUUGUGGUUCAAGAAAUUGUUGAGGGAUCUUGGGUUUGAACCCAAGGGUGUUAUGAAACUCAAUUGUGAUAAAUUAAAAGGGUGUUAUUGA